AUGUUAUUUCGAGGCGGAAAAGGUGGAAUACUCAGAAAGUGUUGUGUUAUGAGAGGUUUUCUUGGUUUUACCGGGUACCAUAGAAGAUUUGUGAGAUGGUAUGGGACUAUAACAAGACCCUUCACUGACAUGCUAAAGAAGGAUAAUUUUGUUUGGACUGACAAGGCAAAAGAGUCUUUUCAACAGUUAAAGACAGGAUUAAUGACUGCACUUGUUUUAGCUCUUCUAGAUUUCAACAAAACAUUCAUAGUUGAGGUGGGUGCUUCAAGGGAAAACAAUGCAUUUUUUGUGGUGGUCGAUCAGUUGAGUAAAGUUGCACACUUGAUGACCCUUACUCAUCCAUAUACUGUUUGCAUUGUAGCUCAAGCUUUCAUGGAUACAGUUUUCAUAUUACAUGGGAUUCCCAAGUCAAUUGUCAGUGAUAGGGAUCCUAUCUUUCUCAAUACUCCAAAACUAUGGCCUAAGUGGAUACCAUUAGUUGAAUGGUGGUAUAACACCACUUUUCAUACAACAAUCAAUGCUACACCCUACGAAAUUGUUUGUGGCCAACCACCUUCAGCUUCAUUACCCUAUUUGCCAGGAGAAUCUAAUGUGGAACUGUUGAAUAGAAGUCUUACUAAGAGGGAGGAAAUAUUGAAG